GUUGUGGGGAGCGGGGGCUACUCUUCAUUGCAGUGCGCAGGCUUCUCAUCGUGGUGGCUUCUCUUGUUGCAGAGCAUGGGCUCUAGGCACGCGGGCUUCAGUAGUUGCGGCACACGCAGGCUCUGUAGUUGUGGCUCGCAGGCUCCAGAGCGCAGGCUCAGUAGUUGUGGCACACGGGCUUAGUUGCUCCACAGCAUGUGAGAUUCUCCUGGACCAGGGAUCGAACCUGUGUCCCCUGCAUUGGCAGGCAGAUUCUUAACCACUGCAACCACCAGGGAAGUCCCAAGAGCGUAGUUUUUAGGUUGAAAAUGCAGCAAACUUCACCUUGCUGCCUUAUAGCAAGCUAGUGUAUUUUAGCUCAGAUUCUGUUUCCUGGCAGAUAGAUGUGGACUAAAGGGAUUACUAGACUUUACAAGAAAAUUCACAAUGAAGGAAAGGUGGGAAAACAGGCAUAAGAGGAAGGUAAUUUACUAAUGCAUCUGUCACUGAAAUUAAUGGGGAAAUGGCAUAUUUGCUGAAAUACGGAGGUAACCUCACAUUUGUUAAAAGGCAGACACUGAGUCUUAUAUUGAAUCACUUUCCUUAUUUAGGUAUUCAGUGCAGGGUGACUGAUUGCAUUUUUUGCAUGGUGUUUGUCCUGAGCAAAAUUGUUCCUAUAUUAUGAUGAGAAACACUCUCAAGUCAGUCUGAUGCUGUUAAAAAGGAUUAGUGCUCAGGAUGGCAGUGUUAAUCUCCAGAGCUGCCAGUGUAGGGACAAAAGCAUUGAGAGUUGGGAGCAAGGGUAUAAAUACUUCUUUUUGUUUGUUUGUUUGUUUUUACAUCUUUAUUGGAGUAUAAUUGCUUUACAAUGGUGUGUUAGUUUCUGCUUUAUAACAAAGUGAAUCAGUUAUACAUAUACAUAUGUUCCCAUAUCUCUUCCCUCUUGCAUCUCCCUCCCUCCCACCCUGCCUAUCCCACCCCUCCAGGCGGUCACAAAGCACCAAGCUGAUCUCCCUGUGCUAUGGGGUAUAAAUACUUCUGGACCUAGCUUUUCCUAUGUUGCCACAGAGCCCUGAAUGAGGAUAAGUUGAUCCUUUAGAGACUUUUGUAUUACAGUUUAACACAUAUUGGAAGUUUCUAAUUUAAAUUUAUGCUUUUGGAUAAAAUGGAUUAGAGAGGUUGAAUUGCUACAGGCUAAAGAGAAACAACAAAGGUCACUUGAUUUUGAGGAACUCUCUGUUGAAAGAAGUUUUAGUGUGAAAUGACUGGAGUUAAGAAAAAAAGAGAAUGGGCUUCCCUGGUGGCGCAGUGGUUAAGAAUCCACCUGCCAAUGCAGGGGACAUGGGUUCGAGCCCUGGCCCAGGAAGAUCCCACAUGCUGUGGAGCAACAAAGCCUGUGUGCCACAACUACUGAGCCUGUGCGCUAGAGCGCGCGAGCCACAACUACUGAAGCCUGUGCGCCUAGAGCCCGUGCUCUGCAACAAGAGAAGCCACUGCAAUGAGAAGCCCACGCACCUCAACAAAGAGUAGCCACCUCUCGCUGCAACUAGAGAAAGCCCGCGAACAGCAACGAAGACCCAAUGCAGCCAAAAAUAAAUAAAUAAAGUAAAUUAAAAAAAAAAAAAAAGAAGAAAGAAUGAACAUCCAUUCAGAGACUGCCUACCAAGUGCCAGGCCACCAAGCAGUUUCUUGAAGAGAUUAACAAGUGGACAGUUCAGUACAACGUUUCCCCCCUCUCUUGGAAUGUGGCCGUCAAGUUCCUCAUGGCCCGGAAGUUUGAUGUGCUCCGUGCCAUAGAGUUGUUUCACUCCUACAGAGAAACACGAAGGAAGGAGGGCAUUGUGAAGCUGAAACCUCAUGAGGAACCUCUCCGUUCUGAGAUCCUUAGUGGAAAAUUCACCAUCUUAAAUGUUCGGGACCCAACAGGAGCCUCCAUUGCCCUCUUCACUGCCAGAUUACAUCAUCCCCACAAGUCAGUCCAACAUGUGGUACUUCAGGCUCUGUUUUACUUGCUAGACAGAGCUGUGGAUAGCUUUGAAACUCAGAGGAAUGGACUGGUGUUUAUCUAUGACAUGUGCGGUUCUAAUUAUGCCAACUUUGAGCUGGAUCUUGGCAAGAAAGUCCUAAACUUGCUGAAGGGAGCUUUUCCAGCUCGUUUGAAGAAAGUGCUGAUUGUGGGAGCACCCAUAUGGUUCCGAGUGCCCUAUUCCAUCAUCAGCCUCCUUCUGAAGGACAAAGUCCGGGAGAGGAUUCAGAUAUUAAAGACAUCUGAAGUCACCCAGCACCUGCCCAGGGAGUGCCUUCCAGAAAACCUGGGUGGGUACGUCAAAAUUGACCUCCACACUUGGAAUUUCCAGUUUCUAUCCCAGAUGAACGGCCACCCAGAUCCCUUCGAUGAGAUCAUCCUGUUCUCCCUCCCUCCGACCUUAGACUGGGACUCAGUGCAUGUCCCAGGUCCCCAUGCCAUGACCAUCCAAGAGUUGAUGGACUAUGUUAGCACCAGGCAAAAGCGGGGGAUAUAUGAGGAGUAUGAAGACAUCCGUCGUGAGAACCCUGUUGGCACUUUCCACUGUUCCAUGUCUCCAGGAAACCUAGAGAAGAACCGCUAUGGGGAUGUACCCUGCCUGGACCAAACUAGAGUGAAGCUGACAAAACGAAGCGGCCACGCUCAGACAGAUUACAUCAAUGCCAGUUUCAUGGAUGGCUACAAACAGAAGAAUGCUUACAUUGGGACACAAGGCCCUUUGGAGAAUACCUAUCGUGAUUUCUGGCUCAUGGUAUGGGAGCAAAAAGUCUUGGUGAUUGUCAUGACCACCCGCUUUGAGGAGGGCGGCAGGAGAAAGUGUGGCCAAUACUGGCCUUUAGAAAAAGACUCUCGGAUCCGAUUUGGCUUCCUCACAGUGACCAAUCUAGGCGUGGAGAAUAUGAACCAUUAUAAGAAAACAACGCUAGAAAUUCACAACACAGAGGAACGGCAGAAACGCCACGUGACCCACUUUCAGUUCCUGAGUUGGCCAGAUUAUGGUGUCCCGUCCUCGGCAGCUUCCCUUAUUGAUUUCUUGAGAGCCGUCAGGAACCAGCAAAGGCUGGCCGUCAGCAGCAUGGGAGCACGCUCCAAAGGGCAGUGCCCUGAGCCACCCAUUGUGGUCCAUUGCAGUGCAGGCAUUGGCAGGACAGGUACCUUCUGUUCAUUGGACAUCUGCCUGGCACAGCUGGAGGAGCUUGGCACCCUAAAUGUGUUCCAGACGGUGUCCCGCAUGAGGACCCAGAGGGCCUUCAGCAUCCAGACCCCUGAGCAGUACUAUUUCUGCUACAAGGCAAUCCUGGAGUUUGCAGAGAGGGAGGGCAUGGUGCCCUCCAGCCACAACCUCCUGGCCAUGGAGGGUCAGUAACUGUCCCACGAGCCUCCUAUCUGCUGCCCAGACUUCCUUAAACUACCCUGGACACCGCUGAGCCUAUAGGUUGCCAUCAGUUACACUGAAGCCAUGGACCAACCUCUUUCUCGUGUCUCCCGGCGCACGCGUGCACGCAAGGCAGCCUUUCCCUUUGGCUAGAUAGAUGUGGUGAAAUUGCCACUAGAAAGGGCCAGCAGCAAUGUGUUCUUAAUUCCUAGCACCUGCUAUCGAACUGUGCCUUAUUAAAACCAAAUUGUGGCUAUCGAUUUUUGCCAGGGGCCCCAAGGUAAGUGGGGAAGGAACCUCCCUCCCCCCUUCCCCAAUGCCAUUCUCCUUCUCAAGGUCUCUUUCCAUUCCUUCCCUUUGCUAGGAUUUCAUGGGGAGGUUUGGUGAGCAUCCACCUCCUUCCCAGAGAGCUUGACCAAGUUACAUAUUCUAGAGAACGUCCUGAGUGCCAAGCACGUUUAUACCUAGGGCGUGUAUUCCAGUCUUUUCUGUCAUUCUCUGUGUGUGCGUGUGUGUAUGUGCACUUAUGUGUAUGAGUCCAUACGUACGUGUGUAUAUAAUAUAUACUGUAUGUGAUAAUAUGGUCGUAUUCUAUAAAUACAUAUACACAGAGAUACUCCUUUGUAGAAGUUCCUGGGGCUUCUUGUUGCAGUUCAGGACUCCUCGCUUUUUGGAUCCUACUGUUUAUCCUGGACGAGCUGGGGUUGGGGAUCAUGUUGCCUGUUGUCAGACCGCAGAGUGGUGGAAGAGGACACACACACAUCCACUCUCCAUGCUCCUGCCACAGGCCCUCAUCCUUAUAUAAUGACUUAUCUCUCUCCAGGAUGCUGCCUUUGGAGCCAAGAAUACUGGUUUGUGGUGACACUGGUUUAAUUCAGCAUGGAUUGCCCUUAUCUAAUGGUUUUUCCUCAGUUUACUUUGCCAAUUUUGGGAAUAGACCGCCACUGUGAUUCCAGACCCUCUCUCCCCUCUCCCUAUCCCUUGAGGAUUGGGAUCUGGGCAGAGAUGAAUUCACUGAGCAGCCAGAGCCAAAAGCAAUCGGUACGAAGUCUUAGAAGGAGAGAGAGGGAGCCCACGUGUGAGAGAGAAGAAACUACAUACCAUGAGACUCCCUCCCUGAGAGAAUGAGCUGGGGCCCCUUUUUCUUUUGCUAGAAUGUUCUUUUUCUUAUGCAGCUUGGCCCUGUCCACUCAUAUGCCCAUCUCUUUCUUGCCUCUAGCCUGCCAGACCCUGGAGCUCAAGCUGGGUGGGUUCUGUGUCAAUCAAAAGCUUAACCCCUGUCUGGGUGAAGCAGUCGCCUGCAAUCACUGUUUUCCCCCUAUUCAUUCAACCUGUCCCUGUCUGCUCCCGGCCUACCUAGCCUGAUAUGCCAGGGAUGGAAUCAAGACUCCCAGCAUUCCACAUUCCCAAGAAAAUCCCAGGAACCCCUAAAACUUCUUCCCCUAUCACAGAUGAGGUUGGCAGCUGAUCAGACCUCAAUAAUUUUAUACUGUAAUAAGCUUUUUGAAUGUAUAUAUUCUUAUUUUUACAAUCUUUUCAUUUUGUAUUUAACGUCAAUGGACUGAGUCAGAUUCAGAAAAUAAUUGUAAUGUUCAUAUUCGAUAUCUUACAGCGAUACAGUUUUGUAUUUACAUAUAAAUAUACCGACAUGAUCAAA